AUCACUUUUGAGCACUCUAUUUUGGGCAUGUUCUCAGAGCUGAAGUUCCCUGUACCCUGGGGCCAUGUGGCAGCCAAGGCUUGGGGACCCUCAGAUGGACACCCCGUGCUGUGCUUGCACGGCUGGCUGGACAAUGCCAACACCUUUGACAAACUCAUUCCACUGCUCCCCAGAGAUUGCUAUUAUGUGGCAAUGGAUUUUUCUGGCCAUGGCUUGUCAUCCCACCGACCUGCAGGUUCCCCCUACCAUUUUCUGGAUUACGUGAGCGAUGUGCGCCGAGUGGCAGCAGCCUUGCAGUGGAGACGGUUCACCCUGAUGGGUCACAGUAUGGGUGGGUCUGUGGCAGGAAUGUUCUCUUUCCUUUAUCCUGAGAUGGUGGACAAGCUGAUCCUGCUGGAAAAUCUUGGCUUUCUGCUAGCUCCAGAGGACACUGAGGAAUGGCUGAAAUCAAAACGGAUGGUGAUUGACAGAUUACUGAGUCUAGAGGCAAAGCAGCAAACUCCCAAAGCACGUAGCCCCGAAGCAGCAUUGCAGAGGCUCUUAGAAGCAAACAGACAUCUGACAGCAGAGGGUGGGGCCAUCCUGCUGCAGCGAGGAGCAACUGAGACACCCGCUGGGCUGGUGUAUAACAGAGACAUGAGAGUCCGUACGCAGAGUCGAGAGUCCUUCACAGUGGAGCAGUGCGUGAAGCUCCUGCAGAAGAUUCAGGACUGCGUUCUCAUCAUUGUAGCACAGGAUGGACUCUUGGUACCACACAAGCUACACAGCAGAAAUCACUUUGUGAAAGCCCUGCGGGAGGCGUUCGAGUCUACCCUCAAAGAGCACAUCCAGCUAGUAGAGGUACCUGGGAGUCAUUUUGUGCACCUGAACGAGCCCGAGGUGGUGUCUGGGAUCAUCAGCAACUUCCUGACGGCGCAGAACACCAGAGCCAGGCUCUAGGAAGAAGGGUCACUGCUGCAGCAAUCCAGGAGAACAGGGACCUAAAAAGCAGGCUGUGGAGGAAUUGUCACCAUUCCUACCUCACAUCCAACAUCAGUUUCAUGAUACCCUUCCCUGAGCUUAGCUCACUGCAGGGUGGAAGCAGGUCUGACAAGGGUUCCCUGGAGGACAGCUGAGCAAAAUAUCUCAGUUGUCAAAGUGAAAAGGAAUCCUUCCUCCACUCCUGGCUCUGUGAGUACAGGGAUGGAGGCCCAAAGUGGCCUUCCCCUUGCUUGGUCGUAACUUGCACCCUGAAACAGAGCAGGAAUCCAGGCAGGGGCAGCCUCUGUGGGAGCAGCAGCACCACCAGCUGUAGCACCGCUGGGGGCAGGUGGCUCAUCUCACCUCCUCCCUGAGGAUGGUGCAACCAGUCUCCUCACAGGGUUACACUUACUGAAAAAAUAGGAAACAUUCUGCUUCUCUGCUUACUUCCACGGGUGCCUGAGCUCAGAGGGCCUCAGCGCCCCUGUUCUACUGUGAGAGCUGCUGCUUGUUUAAAAAGUCAGCUUAAAUAAGAGCUCACCUGGGCACAGAAGGCCAUUUUAAUGAACUCCCAGGGAAUGAGUCACUAAUCCUCUCACUGAAGCAGCUGGGAGAACUACUAAUAAUGGAAAAGUUGGCAGAGAUGAUUUCUGUCCUUCUAAAUAAAGAUUAAUCUCCCAAUGUUAAA